CUAUUAUAUACCUUCAAGUGAAGUUUCUGAAGAAUACGAGACAGCAGACGUGGAAAUUUGCCAGUAUCAAGUCUAUUUAUCAACACCACAGCUUCCUUUAUGCUGUUAAAAGAGAAAAUAAGUCAGUAAAAACAAUUUUCAUCAACAAUUUUAGAGCAUGAAAUAGUCCAACUAUUCACAACUUCAUUGGUUUUUCACCUUGCAAUGAGAUGGAUGGGUACCGUGAUAUCAGCUUCUCAACAUCAGACUAAAUGUCACUCAGAAGGAGUCUCCGAUCCUAUGAUCAGAAAUUUGCGGUCUGCUUCAUUGCUUUGAAAGAAGUUGAGUGACUGUACUGAAACCACAGUCCACUAAAUGAUGCAGGAUUCAUUCAGAGAUUUCUUCCUGCAACCAAAAAAUCCUGAAAUGGUUUUUGAACCCCGGCUUCAACUCAAGUCAUUUUAUAGCAUGAUCAGUUCUUCCUACAUCCUUCAAGUUAGUUCCUCAUGAGAUGUGAUCGAGAAUGGAUUUAUUAUCCAAUCUGGAAUUUGGAUCGAAUGAAGAUGCUGAAAUCUCCGACAUGACUUUAUGCAUCUCAUCCAGGUGGGCACAGUAUACUUGAGUUUAAUCUGGUAUUCUGUUUUUCUCUUCCAAUUCAGAGAGUCUUGGAAAUUGGAAAAAAGUUGCAAUGGCCAAUGUUGCACUUAAAUAGGGUUAACUUGGAUAGAAACAUAGAGAUGAUUGAUUUGACUUUGAUAAGAUUCACAUUACUUUCUUGCAAUUGAAGAUCAAUUUCAUUAAACUUUUCAAAUAAUUCUAACACAUAAGCGAUGCCAUGCCUAAUAUUCUUGAGUUGAUUACUGAAUGAAGUAUUCGAGUCUUCAAAUAGUGCAUUUGAACUGCAUCUCAGGCAGUUUCCUUUUGAGAGCCAUCUGACUUCUGUGUGGAGCAGACAGACAGACAUAUUUAUUAAUCCCGAGGGAAAUUGGGUCUUCACAAAGUGACUGAAAAUAGUUUGUAAGUUAAGUGCUUGUUUGCUUUAUCAGAGUGCAUUCUCUUCAAAUGUUUAAGGAGCCUGAACAGUUUCAUUGCUUCAUUUGAAAAAGCUUUUUCAUACAGCAUUGGCUGCUGCUGGUUUCUUGACACUGCUGGUUUCUUGACACUGGUCUAAAUCCAUAUUUCAGAUGCUCCACACAACACUGUCUCCAAUUCUUCUUCAUUUGGUCUGCUUCUGCUAUUUUCUUUAUGGAUUAACAACCAUGGAUGACUGUCUAUUGUUUUAAGUCCAAUCCCGUGGUACAAUCAAUAAAGGGGAAAGUUUUGAUAUCAUCAUUGCUCAGAAAUAGCAAUGAAGAAUCCUCCUGCAUCAGUGUGCAACGGUAUUCCUGAGUCUCCAUCCGGGACUUGCAUGGCUGACAGUAAUGAAAAUCGAGACGAAGCUACUGACGCAAUGAAGGAAGCCCUGAACACUGACUGAGGAGACUGAGGACCUUCAUUGUUGCCCUUAAUGCCAGUAGCGUAAUGGGCAGUAAGUACCUUUACAUGCAGACUUUUUGUAGACAUUUUCAUCUCCCUUCUUCUCCUCAACAUUUUGGUUCUGAUCUGGUUAUUGGUGGUUUGGUUUAUUAUUAUUGUCACUUCUACCAAGAGACAGCAAGAAUUUUUUUUUUGAAUGCUAACCAUACAGAUCAUGCUGUACAUAAUAACACUGCAGUAGUGAAAAGGAAACAGAAUGCAGAAUAUAUUUCUGCAGUCACAGAGAAAGUGCAGCACAGGUAGAUAAAUAAAGUACAAGGGCCAUAACAAGGUAGAUUAGGAGAUUAAGAGUUCAUUUUUAGCACAAGAGGUCCUUUCAGAAGCCCGGUAACAGUGCAAUCAAAGCUGUCCUUGAGUUUGGUGGUCUCAAGCUUUCAUAUCUCCUGACAAAAGAGGAAGUAAGACUUGGGUGUGAUGUAUUCUUGAUUAUGUUAGUUCCUUUCCAGACGCAGCAGGAAAUGUAGAUGGAGUUGAUAAAGGGAAGAUGGGUUUGCAUGGUGGACUGGGGUGCAUUCUCAAUCCCUUGCAGCUUUGGACAGAACAAGCUUUGAUAGAUCUAGAGAGCAACACACAAAAAAUGCUGGAGGAACUGAGCAGGCCAGGCAGCAUCUAUGGAAAUGAGUACAGUUGACAUUUCCAGCCGAGACCCUUCAUCAGGACUGGGAAAAAAGAUAAGACCUGCGAUUGGGAGACCGCUUCGCCAAGCACCUACACUCCAUCAGCCACAAGAAGCAAGAUCUUGCAAUGGCCAACCAUUUUAUUUCCACUUCCCAUUCCCAUAUGUCAGUCCAUGGCCUCUUCUCCUGUCACCAUGAGGCCACACUCAGGUUAGAGGAACAACACCUUAUAUAUCGCCUAGAUAGUUUCCAUCCUGAUGGCAUGAACAUCGAUUUCUCAAACUUCCGGUAAUGGUGUCUCCCCCCCUCCCCAAUCAUUCCUCUUUCCCUUCUCACCUUAUCUGCCCAUCACCUCUCUCUGGAGCCCCUCCUUUUCUUUCUUCCAUGGCCUUCUGUCCUCUCCUAUCAGAUUCCCCCUUCACCAACUUCUCAGCUCUUUACUUCAACCCUCCCCCCCAACACACCAAUUUCAACUAUCACCUUGUGGUUCGUCUUCCCCUCCCUCCACUUUCUUACUCUGACUGCUCAUCUUUUUUUCCAGUCCCGAUGAAAGGUCUCAGCCUGAAAUGUCCUGUGCUCUUUUCCAUAGAUGCUGUCUGGCCUGCUAAGUUCCUCCAGCAAUUUGUGUGUGUCUGUGUUGCACAGAUUUCCAGCAUCUGUCAAUUCUCUCUUGUUUGUGAUUGGCAUACAUCUAGAAAGGAUGCUUCCUACAGUGCAUUAAUUAAAAAAUGGCUCCAUCGUUCCAUCUCCAUCGUGGAGAACUUCAGGUUCCUGGGAACCACCAUCUCUCAGGAUCUGAAGUGGGAGCAGAACAUCAGCUCCAUCCUGAAGAAGGCCCAGCAGCGGAUGUACUUCCUGCGGCUCUUGAGGAAAUAUGGUCUGCCUCAGGAAUUGCUGCUGCAGUUCUAUACUGCAGUCAUUGAGUCUGUCCUGUGCACCUCCAUCACUGUGUGGUUUGGAGCCGCCACCAAGCAGGAUAGAACCAGACUACAGCGCACAGUGAGGACUGCCGAGCGCAUCAUUGGAGCCUCCCUGCCCUCUAUUGUGGACCUGUACUCUUCCAGGUUGAAGAAGAGGGCAGGGAACAUCAUAAAGGACCCCUUCCAUCCUGCUCACGGACUGUUUGAACUGCUUCUGUCUGGUAGGCGCUUCAGAUCCCUCCAGACUAAGACUAAUAGGCACUGGAGAAGUUUUUUCCCUACUGCGGUCACUUUGCUGAACAGUUAACUGUCGGAUAACUAUUACUUGCAUUGCACUACUUGUAUGUAUAAUCUAUGUUUUCAUUUAUAUUUAUCAUUACUAUUGUUAUGAGCAGAGAGAUAACAUCUGCCGGAAGUAAAUUCCUUGUAUGUGUACAGGUACUUGGCGAUUAAAGUCUGAUUCUGAUUCAAUAGUACUUUGUGGUGGUUGGUGCAGUAUUUCAGUAUCUGGAAGGCAUGAAGGGAAAAUCUGCAGGCAUUAGUGUACCCAUGAUUUUGCAUUUUUGCAGGUUAAAAUCAUAGAGCCAGAAGGCAGUUUCAAAAAUACACAGUAUUGUGCAGUUAGUGUUUUAUUGGGGAAAAAUGGUUAAUGAGGCAGUUGCCAGAAUUUGUAAUGAGAGUUACGUAGAGCUGUCUCAAGUUUUAACAAGCUACUCCGAUGUUACUGCUUCUAUCUAAGCAGGUGUUGCCUUUGCAUUUUAUUUGAUCGAUAUAAAUAAAUGGCCAGGAGGCAACCUUAUGAGGCUUUCAAUUUUUGGUGCAUCUAAUUUUGUGCAUAUUUUGCAUAAAGUAUGAAAUCUAACUUGUACAACUAGUGAAAAUUAGGAGUUUAGAGUUUGUAAGUCCUCAGUUAUUAUGAACUGUAGCUGGGUAGCAAGGAGCAAGUUCAGAGAAUGUACCAUUAAUUGACCACGGAUUUUACAAGCAAGGGUUCACUAUUGAAGUUGCAGAAUACAACACACUGACGUGCAGGGAAACAUCGAGAAGCAGGCAUGCAUUCACUCACAUUAGUUUUCAAUCAAUUGAACCGUUCAAAUAUCAAAUGAUUUUCCAGAACCACCCAUCUGGAGGUCAGAGCCCGAGAGGCAGCCCUGGGGUUGGAGGCUGGUCUGUCUGUGAGAGGGUGGGAUGGGGGUCAUUAUGCUGUAAUAUGUUAGCUGCAUGUUGUUCUGCUGAACUUUGUGACUCUGCUGUGGUGGCGGCAACAGAAUGCAAGUUAACACUGGUGGUUUGGCCCCACCACAUCCAGAUUGUGUUGGAUGUUAAUGCACAUGCUGCAUCUCACUGUAUGUUUUGAACUAUACAUGCUUAAUAAAUGAAACAAAGAAAACAAAUUGUGGUGCCAUAGCUACCAGAGCAGCUUCAAUACAGCU